CCUAUUGUUCUGGCGGUGAAUUGCUCUGCAACACACGCCAACGUCAGCUCCACCGGGAACGCGCCGGACCUGCAGCCUCAAACCACAUCCAGCUGGCAGCUUCCAGCGGAAAGAUGGCGGCGCGAGUCCUCGGCAGGGUGGCCAAAGGCCUCAACCGGACGAGAAAUGGGCUUCGGGAGAACGGACAGGUCACGGUUGUCGUGAGAAGCCUCUCAGCUCAGCGGGAAGACAGCUGGUUCAAGUCUCUGUUUGUUAGAAAGGUUGACCCCCGAAAAGACGCUCACUCUCAUCUGCUCGCCAAGAAGGAAGACAACAAUCUGUACAAAAUACAGUUUCACAAUGUCAAGCCGGAGUGCCUUGAUGCCUACAAUGAUCUUUGUGCGGACAUCUUUCCUUCCAUUCAUGCUGACCCUGAAUAUCCCUGUGAGCUUGUGGGCACCUGGAACACCUGGUACGGAGAGCAGGAUCAGGCAGUUCACCUGUGGAGAUAUCGGGGAGGAUACCCGGCUCUCACUGAAGUCAUGAACAAACUCCGGCAGAAUGAGAGGUUUACAGACUACAGGAAGCAGAGGGGGACGAUGCUGCUGUCUCGUAGGAACCAGCUGCUGCUAGAGUUCAGCUUCUGGAACGAACCUGUCCCCCGUCCAGGACCCAACAUCUAUGAACUCCGAUCAUACCAACUCAGGCCAGGGACGAUGAUCGAGUGGGGGAACUACUGGGCGCGUGCCAUCAACUUUCGGCAGCAGAAUCACGAGGCCGUGGGAGGCUUUUUCUCACAGAUUGGAAGUCUGUACACGGUUCACCACUUAUGGGCUUACAAAGACCUUCAGUCCAGAGAAGACACGAGGAAUUCAGCCUGGCAGCAUGACGGCUGGGAUGAGGUUGUUUAUUACACAGUCCCCCUGAUUCAGCACAUGGAAUCUAGAAUAAUGAUUCCCAUGAAGAAUUCGCCCUUGAAGUAACCACGUACACAGAGGAACCUCAACUGUCACACUGAUCCGUGGAGCGUUAACCAACCAUCGGUCGGUGCACUGCCAGGAAAAUAUGCAGCAACAUCAUGUUUCAAUUUUUAUUUCCUUUAUCUUUUUUUCAUCCACUUUUCUUUGUGGGCCAAAAAUCUUAUUUCAGAUGCGCUUAAAACAUUUAUUAUCAAAACCAGAGCUGUUACUGAUCUGUUAAUGUGCUUUGUGGAAACAAAAUAUCAUCUCACAUGCACCUGCUCUUCUAUUUCUAUGUCAAUAUUUUAAAAUUGUCUGAUUUUGGAAGGUUUUGAUAAUUUAAUAACAUCAGUGUAAGAGUGCGAUACCAGGAAAAGACUUGGAAUACGACCUGAUAAUGUCUGAAGGUCUCAGAAAUGUGACUUAUAAAAUCUGUGGCACUGGCAUUGAUAACGAAUCAAACAAAAGUCACUGCCUCCAGAGCUCAGAGUUCGAAUGAAUAGAAUAAGCUUGUUAAGAUGUCACAGGUCUAUUAUAGGGCCACAUAUGGACUUUAGCUUUAUAUUCGUAAAGUUUGACCAGGUCUACUCAUCAAGAAAACUAUGUGGAUUUGUUCCAGUCAACUGAUAAUAGCGUGUAUCAGUUAUUCGUUUAAAAAAGGACUCAUAACACCACCAAUAUGAAGACCGAGCAAUUAAAGUUCACCAAUGCACCACAAGAGUCCGACUAGUCAGAAGACAUGCCAGACUGUGAUGUAGUGCACAUCCAUGUCACACCAGCUGAAAUGCGCAACAACAUUGAACUAAUCUAAAUGCUGUACGCUAACUGGUUUGACUUACCGCUUUGUCAAGACGUAAAUGCCAACCGGAUUGUGUGCACUAACUAAAAAUGAAUGGUCAGAUUGUAGAUAUACAUAGUGGGUUUAUUGAUAUAUCCAGAUUCAUGGUAAACAAUCGGUUAAUGAAGUGGGAUAUUCUAAACUAUCAUAACAAUGGUAGAAGAGGAAUAUUCAUAUUUGGUAAAUGCGAAUCAUAGUGGUUCAAUAAUUUUAGUUGUACAUAUUGAAUUAAACGCCUGAUACAAACCGA